CAGAAAAAUAUUUUUAUUAUAAACUUUAAUUGAAUAUAGUAAACCCUAAUUUUGCUAAUAGUAGCGCACAAAUCGAGCAAAAUAAGUAUCAGAUUGAGUUCACGUCUCUUAUUCCUAAAAUUAAAACCCAUAUAAACCAAAACCCUCGAAACAUAUAUCGAAGCUUUGGCUAUGGAGAUCGCAGAACGUAGUAAAAAAUCUCUCCAUCUUCCGGAACAAAUCAUCGAAGAAAUAUUGUCAAGAUUGCCGGUGAAAUCACUCUUGAGAUUGAGGUGCGUUUCGAAAUCAUGGCGGUCUUUAAUUGGCAGCAAACGUUUCAUCAAAACCCAGCAUCAAAAUUCAAUAAAAAACCCAUCUUUCCCACAACAAAGGGUAUUUUUACUGAACCGGAUGUAUCUUAGGCUUGAGCAAUGUUCAAUGCAGUCGAUUUUGAGUGAACUACUUCCCCGUUCAUCACCUUUAGAUGAUCCAAUGAUUACUACAUUGAUGCGAUUUCAAAUUUGGGGGUGCUAUAAUGGGCUGCUCUGCGUUUUCGAUACACAUUUAAGAAUUCACUUGUGGAACCCAUCCACUAAAAUCUCAAAGAAACUGCCAGAAAUUUCUCAUCCCCUCAUUGUUCGGAAUUACGGAUUCGGUUGGGUUGAAUCGAGUGAUGAUUACAAGGUGUUUGUGCUUUCGCGUGUUAAUCACCAGUGUAACUGGGUUGGUAAAGUUUAUAGUUCAAAGACAAAAUCAUGGAAAACAAUAAGGCACUGCGCGGAUUUACUUUCAUGUUGCAAAGAGGGGGUGUUUGUAGGUGGGAAGCUUUACUGGAAGAAGAUCGGAGAUGAAGAAGAUAUGAUUUUCUUGGACUUGAAGAGUGAGGUGUUUGGAAGGAUUGAGCUUCCCUUUGAUCACGAGUAUUGCGCUGGAAAGAACUGCUGGGUGGGUGUGCUUGGUGAUUGCCUUUGCGUGCUAUAUUCUAAUACUUGUUCUUAUUGUGAAAGAGGCGUUCGAGUUUGGGUUAUGAAGGAAUCUUGGGAGAGAGUGGCGACUCUUGCUCAUCUUGUUGAGCUUCUUCAACAACCACAAUUGGUGGUGGGUGAAAAGGGAGAGAUUUUGGUAGAUUGUGGAUCCACUUUGUUGGUUUACAAUUAUCGGGAUGAUGUAUUUGGCUAUCUCGUGGUUCAUCGCCCUUACAUUUUACGUCAUGUCUAUGUUGAAAGUUUAGUCUCGCCGGAAGAUAUGUGCUGAUGAGAGAUUUCUUUUCUUAGAGCACAAUUUUAUAGUAGUAGGUUAUUUCUUGACAAUAAUUAUAGUUUGAUUAGAUUAUAAAUGGAUGUGUUUUGUGAAUCUUUUUUAUAGGGUUGGAUUUGUGUUUCCAUCAUGGAUAGAAUAAUUCCAUGUCUGCAUACAAGUAAAACAUUUUGGUUUUAA